AUGGCCUCGUCAGGUGUUCGUGCAUCUCAUUUUCUCUCUCUCUUUCCCGCCUUCUACGGAGCUGUUUGAAUUCUUCUUCCUGUCAUCACCAAACUUUUCUUCUUCUUCCUCUUCGCGAACGGAUUGGCUCAAGCUGCAGGGGGAAAGAAUUGUUCACAAUGAGUGAGACGAUGGAGAAUUACUUGAGAAAGAACUUCGAGCUCGAGCCGAAGAGUCCGUCCGAGGAGGCUCAAAUGCGAUGGCGAUCCGCCGUCUCUAUUGUCAAGAAUCGCCGCCGGAGGUUUCGCAUGGUUGCUGAUCUCGAUAAGCGAGCUCAGGCUGAGGAAAAGCGCAGGAAACUCCAGGAAAAGAUACGAGUAGCUCUAUACGUACAAAAAGCAGCAUUGCAUUUUAUUGAUGCCGGGAAGCAAGGUGAAUACAAGCUCUCCACAGAAGUAAGGGAAGCUGGUUUUGGAGUUGAACCUGAUGUAUUGGCAUCCAUGGUUCAAAUCCACAAUACCAAGAGUUUGUUACAUUUCGGGGGCAUUGGGGGAUUGGCAAGAGAAUUAAAUGUUUCUCUGAAAGAUGGAAUUGCUACAAGUGAAGUAAGUUCAAGGCAGAGCACAUACGGGAUCAACCGUUACGUUGAGAAACCUUCAAGAGGGUUUUGGACGUUUGUGUGGGAAGCCCUGCAUGAUUUGACUCUCGUCAUUCUCUUGGUUUCUGCCGUUGUUUCCAUUGGCGUUGGAAAUGCAACUGAAGGUUGGCCUAAAGGCAUGUACGAUGGACUUGGAAUAAUAAUGAGUAUCUUUCUCGUCGUGAUAGUAACCGCAGUCAGUGACUAUAAUCAGUCCUUGCAAUUUAAGGACUUGGAAAAACAGAAGAAAAAUAUUAUUAUUCAAGUUACUAGAGAUGGUUGCAGACAGAAGGUUUCUAUUUAUGAUUUGGUGGUUGGAGACAUUGUUCAUUUAUCUAUUGGAGAUCAAGUUCCUGCUGAUGGCAUUUUGGUGUCAGGCUACAGCUUAUCAAUAGACGAAUCAAGCUUGUCAGGUGAAAGUGAACCUGUAAAUGUAGAUGAUAAUAGGCCUUUCCUUCUAGCAGGGACGAAAGUUCAGGACGGGUCUGGUAAGAUGCUAGUAGCCUCUGUUGGUAUGAGAACUGAAUGGGGAAGAUUGAUGGUCACUUUGAGUGAAGGAGGAGAUGACGAAACGCCACUUCAGGUAAAACUUAACGGGGUUGCGACAAUUAUUGGAAAGGUCGGCUUGGUUUUUGCGGUCUUAACGUUUAUAGUUCUGAUCUCAAGAUUUAUUGUGUAUAAAACAUUACAUAAUGAGAUUGGGCACUGGACAUCCAAAGAUGCAUCGACGCUUCUGAAUUACUUCGCCAUUGCUGUCAUUAUAAUUGUUGUUGCAGUUCCAGAAGGAUUGCCUCUAGCCGUGACACUAAGUCUUGCCUUUGCCAUGAAAAGGUUGAUGAAUGAUAAGGCACUUGUGAGGCAUCUCUCCGCGUGUGAAACUAUGGGUUCUGCAACCUGCAUUUGCACCGAUAAAACAGGUACAUUAACAACGAACCAUAUGGUCGUCGACAAAAUGUGGAUUUGUGAUGAAACGAGGACAAUAAAAAAUUCCAAUGACGAAAUUGCAUUGAAAUCCUCCGUAAAUCAAACAGUAUACAAGCUCCUUAUACAAUCUAUAUUUCAAAAUACCAGCUCAGAGGUAGUCAAAGGCAAAGAUGGGAGGAACACCAUUUUAGGUACUCCAACUGAGAUUGCAUUGCUAGAAUUUGGCUUGCUUUUAGGUGGUGCUUUUGGAUCAUUAAAUGAUGAUUAUAAGAUAGUCAAAGUUGAGCCAUUCAAUUCAAAUAGAAAGAAAAUGUCUGUUCUUGUGGCUCUUCCCGGUGGUGGCUUUCGAGCAUUCUGCAAAGGAGCAUCAGAAAUCAUUUUAUCCAUGUGUGACAAGGUUCUCAGUUCUAAUGGAGAACCAUUGCUUCUUUCAGACAAAAAACGAACAAACAUCUCGAAUAUCAUCAAUAGCUUCGCCAACGACGCUCUCAGAACUCUAUGCAUCGCUUACAAGGAUAUAACAGAAGUUUCUUCAGCACCAGAUAGAAUCCCAGAUGAUGAUUUUACUUUAAUAGCUGUUGUUGGCAUUAAAGAUCCUGUACGUCCUGGUGUAAAGGAAGCAGUUCAGGCUUGUUUGGCUGCUGGAAUUACCGUAAGAAUGGUAACUGGGGAUAACAUCAAUACCGCUAAAGCCAUAGCCAAAGAGUGUGGUAUCUUGACAGCAGGUGGUUUAGCCAUAGAAGGGCCAGAAUUCCGCAACAAAAGCCAAGAUGAAAUGGAGAAGUUAAUACCAAAACUCCAGGUGAUGGCUCGUUCAUCUCCUCUUGACAAGCACACCUUGGUCGGGCAGCUAAGGAGAACGUUCAAAGAAGUGGUGGCUGUCACAGGCGAUGGCACUAAUGAUGCCCCUGCCUUGCACGAGGCCGACAUUGGAUUGGCCAUGGGUAUUGCAGGAACGGAGGUUGCCAAAGAAAACGCCGACGUAGUCAUAAUGGAUGAUAAUUUCACAACCAUUGUGAAUGUUGCAAGAUGGGGACGUGCAGUUUACAUCAACAUUCAGAAAUUCGUACAGUUCCAGCUUACAGUCAACGUAGUCGCUCUCAUGCUCAAUUUCAUAUCCGCAUGCGUGUCAGGUUCUGCUCCUCUCACCGCUGUUCAAAUGCUAUGGGUGAACUUAAUAAUGGACACACUUGGAGCUCUGGCAUUGGCCACUGAGCCUCCCAAUGAAGGGCUGAUGAAACGAAAACCAAUAGGAAGAAACGUUAGUAUCAUCACUGGGAUUAUGUGGAGGAACAUCAUCGGUCAGAGUAUCUAUCAAAUCACUGUUUUAUUAAUCUUGAAAUUCGAAGGAAAGCGCUUGUUGGAUCUCACCGGUCCUGAUUCGAGUAUCGUUCUCGACACAUUCAUUUUCAACACGUUCGUGUUUUGCCAGGUGUUUAACGAAAUAAACAGCCGUGACAUGGAGCAGAUAAACGUUUUCGGAGGGAUAUUUGGUAGUUGGGUGUUCAUGGGAGUGAUGGCAUCCACAGUGGGUUUCCAGAUCAUAAUAGUUGAAUUCCUUGGGACAUUCGCAGAAACAGUGGGAUUAAGCUGGAAGUUAUGGGCAGCCAGCAUCGUAAUCGGAGCUAUGAGUCUGCCAAUAGCAAUGGUGCUGAAAUGCAUUCCUGUUUCAAACUGCAAGGCCACACGCGAGUUCCACGAUGGUUAUGAGCCGCUCCCCACCGGUCCAGAAUUGGCCUGAAAAACUAAUACAAAUCUUCAUCACCUAUGCCAUCUCCAUUUCAGGUCAGUUCCCGAUUAUAUAUGAAAAUCUCUCCUUAAUUGUGCUUUUUUUUUUCUUUUUUUAAUACUUCUUCAUUUGCUUCUUCAAGUGUGUGCUCUUUGAAAUGUCUCAAUGUCGCUUGUUUUUAAUAUAUAUAUGAUUAAUAACCUGUUCAUAUU